UAUGUCUCUGUAGAACACCAUGAAGGUCGUGUUGGGCAUCCUGGUUCUUCUCCACUGCGCAGCACAGGUGCAAACCCUGUUAUGCUUAACUUGUGCUGCUGGGACUGAUGAAGCCUCUUGUACGGCGAUUAAUUACUGCGAUGUUGAUGAAACAUGGUGUUUCAGUACUUAUACAGUCUCAGGAAGCACCAUCACUGUUGAAAAAGGCUGCACGCUCACUUGUGUACCUGACCCACAAACAUUCUGUUGCACUACGAUCGGCUGCAAUGUGCAAACCCUGUUAUGCUUAACUUGUGCUGCUGGGACUGCUGAUGAAGCCACUUGUACGACCCAAGUCUGCGCAGGUGGUGAAACAUGGUGUUUCAGUACUCAUACAGUCACAGGAAGCACCAUCACUGUUGAAAAAGGCUGCGCACCCACUUGUGUAGCUGACCCACAAACAUUCUGUUGCACUACGAACAACUGCAAUGUGCAAACCCUGUCAUGCUUAACUUGUGCUGCUGGGACUGCUGAUGAAGCCACUUGUACGACCCAAGGCUGCGCAGGUGGUGAAACAUGGUGUUUCAGUACUUAUACAGGCACAGGAAGCACCAUCACUGUUGAAAAAGGCUGUAAGGCCGCUUGUGUUGAGACAGAGAACCCAAGAACAUCCUGUUGCCUUAAGAACAACUGCAAUGUGGUUCAGAUGAGAUGCUACACCUGCCCUGAAACGAGUGAUGAAUCAACAUGUACUGUAUCCGUCUGCGACCUUACACAGACUACGUGUAUGAACACCUACAAGAAAUCUGGAACAGAUGAAUUGAUAUGCUUCCAAUGUGCUGAAGAAACCAAUGAACGUUACUGUGAUCUAAGUUUCUGUGGAGCUGCAACAUUCUGCCAGAGUGACUACAAACUCAACGGGGAAGGACCCUCUUGA